GAUAACCAUGAACAGCUGAAUGCAACGUCAUUACAGGGAGAAUUUCCAUGCUCUGAUGAAUAUUUUCUCAAGGAGUCAACAUACAAAAUGGCCUGCUUCCUUCACCAGCUUGAAGAGUGGUAUCCUAUUAUCCUAAAAUUUUCCAAGAUUUACCAAGUUAAUGGCUCAGGCCUGAACGAGCUCUUAGGAUUUUGGGAUAAACUGUCACACUAUGUUUUGACUUCUAGAACUAAUGCUAGCAGCUUAACCCACUGCAUGUUAGUAGGGAAGAAGCAAACUUAUCUGCAGCUCAUUAAAGCACUGAAUAACAUGACUUCAUCUGAGCUUCUAGCAAUCAAGGCUCUCUUUGCACAACUUGCAGAUGCAGAUGGCCAUCAGAACACUGACAGGAACAGUACGCUGUUAAGGAUGAAGACCAUUCUUACUCAUUUAAACAGCAUGAACGAUGAGAUGUUUGGAAUAAAAGUAGCUGAAGAUAACUUGAGAUCUUUCUUUUCUGCAAUAAGGCCUUUAGUAACUUGGUCACCAGCUGGAAAUGAGACAUACAUGUUGCUUAGGACUUUAUUGGUUUUAGCAAGGAAUGGUAGUCUAAUAGACAGAUUAGAAACUAUCUGGCUUGAUACAGAGAGAGAAAUAGAAAAUCUGUUGUCAGAUUUUAAUAUUAAGCAUUUGCUGUCAUUGAUUGACAAAGAAGUCCAACUGCUAAGCACCGCAGAAUGGCAAAAUAUUUUGUUGUCACUUGCAACUGUCUUAAGACCAUUUAAUGCGUCAUUUCUAGAAACAUCACUAAAGAGUUUUGAAGACAUUCUUGAACAUGGGAAACAAUGGCUACAAGAAUACAAUAAUAAAAAUUACUCUAAAAUAAUAAAUGCACUAGUCCUACUAAUGACUGGCAAAAAAUCAUCAAAUGAGAUAGUACAGAGCAUCAAAGAUAUACUGUCCUUUUUGGAACUGCUUAAGAAUGGAAAUGAAGAAAAUGAUCCUAUUUCCUUCCUUACUGAUUUUCUUAGUGGCAAAAAGUUGAAGAAUGUCCAGAUUGCUCAUUUGAUUUUGCAAAACAGUCUGCUUAAUGUGAUCUAUGAUCUUACGACAAAAGAGGAGGAAUUGCACUCCAAUGAUACAGACCUCCAGAUAAUGGAAUUCAUUGACCUGUUCUUUGAUGGUGCACAGUAUGAAAACUACAGAAAAGAUAUCACUCCAUCCCAAAGCCAGACAAUUGAAUUAAUUAAAGAAAUAUUGCAAGUCAUUUUUCCGUCAUCCACAGACCAUUACAGGAACAAAAUAUUUUUCUUGCUAAAGAACAUACAUAAGGAUAUAAUUGCGGAAAUGAGUGUAUUCCCCAGGGAUAAAAUUUUAGCUCUUUUAAAUCUCAGUCAGUUGGAUAAUCUAAAUGAGGAAGUUGAUGAAGUUAUCCAAAAUAAAAGUUAUUCAAGAAUUGGAGAUUAUAUACAUGACUUAUUAAAUGAAGCAGUCAUGUCAACAGAUGGGGCUUUUCAAUUUGACCAAGCCAAAGGAUUGAGAAUCUAUGAGAUGUGUCAAGCUCUGCACAAACAUUUAAACUCAGAAGAUGCCCACCUGCUGUGGAAAUUGCAGGCUGCAGCUUUGAAUAUAUUGACAACUUUUUCAGACAAUCCUGCCUUUAUCAGCAACCUUCAAUGUGCUUUUAAGAGCUGUAAGCAUGGCUUAACAAGGCACUUCCUUCUCUCUGUCCUUGAAGGAAUCAGUUUGUUCCAUGGUCAAUACCAGCAUACCGAGAAAGCAUGGUCAGCUUCCACACAAGGGGACUGUGAAAACUUUGUAUCUCUAAGAAAGAAGCUUUCCAGUAUUUUGGCAGAGUUCCACAGGGUCUUAUACACCACCACUGACAACAACUGUGAAUGUCAACAUGACUCAGAAAGCAUUGACAAACACAGGCAAAUGUUAACUGAAACAAUAGAGAUACCUCUGUCAGCCAACCCCCUGAUGGCUUUCCUUAAUAACCUGAGUCUGCCAAUUGAUGUGAAAAUAAAGGAUUGUGUGCAGAAUACUACUUUGCUGACCGAGGAGCUCCAUUCCUUAAUCAAUAUCUCUGACAAAACAAUCACUAUUGUCAUGGAAUCUAGUAUCUCGCAUCCAAAGUUUCUUUCCAGUGCCCUUGCAGCUGUUUUAGCUGGCAGAUGUAACGUGGAAGCACUUAGCCCUUUACUGAUGUUUCCAGCAGAGGACAAGACUCCUGCUGCCAUCGAGGAACUUUGCUCUCUGCCCCCACAGCAAUUGUACACCAUGACUGUACUUCUCCUACAGAACCUGAAUCUGCGCAACCUCAUUUAUAAGAUCAAAAUACCAUCUGAAGUAGAUGACUUACUCAACACUCUGUUGGAUGUUGUUUCCAGCAUCAGCUUGCUUCUAAAUAAAGCUGAGCAUGUCUUUGAAAAUCUCCCCAUAUUCUUUCAAACUUUUAAAAGUGCGUCUCUGCUCGAUAUAUCUUCUUUCCAAUCGAUCUUCCAAAGUGGGCAGCCUAGAAGCCUUGCUGCUGGUUCCUUGCAGUCAGUCCUUAAGGCAGUGUGUAAAGAAGAAUCCUCCUUCUUCAGCAACACAAAUAUGUUCAUUGAUAUGCCUAGAAUCACAGAGGUUUUGGAGGAAGAUAUGGCAAAAUUCAGCAUUCCUGAAGACACAUCACAAUUUUGCUUGCAGCUUUAUCAGGACAUUUUGCAGUCGCCCAAUGGAGCUCUGAUUUGGACCUUCCUCAAGCCAUUGUUGCAUGGGAAGAUACUGUAUACUCCUAAUACCGAGAAAAUUAACUUGGUGAUUCAGAAAGCUAAUCACACAUUUGGUUUUGUGGAGAACCUGAAGCUAUAUUCCGAGGCUUGGCUUCAAAUGACAGAACUAGCUAAAAACAGUGAAAACUUCCUCGUGGUCAGCCAGCUGCAGGAUGCACUGCAGAACACCUUUGUAAAGAACUUUGUGGAAAGCCAACUGAAUGUGGAUGUGAAAGAACUAAUUGGGAAGCUGAGAGUAUAUAAGACCAUGAUAGAGAAAAUGCUUAAAAACUCGAUGACUGAACAAAUUAACCUCAUGGCACAGUUCAUAGUCAACAUCUCUUCCUGUCUUUUACUGGAUCGUUUCCAGCCUGUUGAGUCUGUGAAGAAAUUGGAGUCAAAGGCACAUGAACUCAUGCAGCAAAAUAAUCUUUUGGCUAGUAUUAUAUUCAAUACUUCAAGUCAUAAGAGAGAUCGAGCAAAUGUUGUUAAUGAGUUCCCAAAGCACAUCUCGUAUACUAUUCGAACUAGUGUCUUGUAUAGCAUGAGAACGGAUCUAAUCAAGAAUCCAGUGUGGAAAUCCCAUCCCCAAAACUUGCCAGCCAAUGGGUUCAAGUAUAACCAUAUUUUCAUUCCACUGCAAGACAUGAUCGAAAGAGCCAUCAUUUCAGUGCACACUGGAGUAGAUACACUGGAUACAGGAAUACAAGUUCAAGCUAUGCCAUAUCCAUGCCACACCAAUGACCUAUUCUUGAAUAAUAUUGGCUUCUUUUUUCCACUUAUAAUGAUGUUAACAUGGAUGGUAUCUGUGGCAAGUAUGGUACGAAAGCUUGUUUAUGAGAGAGAAAUUUGUCUUGAGGAGUAUAUGAAGACUAUGGGUGUGCACCCAGGUGCCCAUUUUGUAGCUUGGUUUCUGGAGAACUUUCUUGUACUUGCUAUAAGUAGCUGCACUCUGACCGUCAUCCUAAAAGUGAGCAGCAUUUUUGCCUUCAGCGACAGCUUCCUUGUCUUCCUCUUCUUCCUGGAUUUUGGUGUUUCUAUUGCCAUGCUAAGCUACUUGCUCAGUGCAUUCUUUAGCACUGCCAACACAGCAGCCCUGUGUGCUAGUUUGGUGUAUAUGAUUAGCUUUUUGCCCUACAUCAUCUUGUUGGUCCUUCAGAAUCAACUGAGCUUUGUGAACCAAAUUGUGGUGUGCUUCCUUUCUACAACUGCUUUUGGGCAAGGAGUGUUUUUGCUUACCUUAUUUGAAGGUCAAGAAAUAGGAAUUCACUGGAGCAACAUAUACCAGCCCUUGACACAAGGAGGAUCCAUGACCUUUGGAUGGGCAUGCGGGAUGAUUCUUUUUGAUUCCAUCCUGUAUUUUAUUAUUGGAUGGUAUUUCAGCAAUAUAAUUCCUGGAAAGUUUGGGUUGAGACGAUCCUGGUACUUCCCUUUUACUCUCUCUUACUGGAAAACCACAUGCAGUGCUGGAAGCAAAAAGCUAUCUUAUCUAAAACCUACAAUGUUUUUCUUCAAUAAAAACUUCCCAGAAAUAGGUUCCCUUCCAAAAGAGGACAAAAGGUGUAGUGAAGAAGAAAACCCAGUAGGAGUUGUGUUGAUGUCACUUACCAAGGCGUACUCUGAGAGCAACAAGAUUGCUGUUAAAGAUCUUAGUCUUGCUUUCUACAAAGGUCAGAUCACAGCUCUCCUGGGUCCGAAUGGAGCUGGAAAGACAACAGUCAUAUCAAUGUUGACAGGCCUGUACCCACCUAGCUCUGGAACCAUUAUCAUCAAUGGGAAGGACAUGGAGACUGACCUCACUGCCAUUCGGACAGAGAUGGGAGUAUGUCCUCAACAUGAUGUCCUGUUUGACACGUUGACUGUUCAAGAACAUCUGCUGCUUUAUGGGUCUGUGAAGGCCCCACUCUGGACAAAGAUGCAGCUACAGCAGCAAGUCAGUAGAGCCCUGAAGGAUGUUGGAUUACUGCAGAAUCAGAACAAAUAUACUGGAGCCCUGUCCGGAGGAAUGAAGAGAAAGCUUUCCAUUGCAAUUUCCUUUAUUGGUAACUCAAAGACCGUGGUCUUGGAUGAGCCCACCAGCAGUGUGGAUCCAUGUUCUCGUCGCAGCAUCUGGGAUAUUCUCCUCAAGUACAGAGCAGGUCGCACUCUGAUCUUCACCACUCAUCACCUUGAUGAAGCAGAAGUACUGAGUGACCGCAUUGCUAUCCUGCAGCAUGGGCAGCUGAGAUGCUGUGGUUCUCCUUCUUAUCUGAAGGAAACAUAUGGCCAAGGACAUAGUCUAACAUUCACAAAAAAGCCCUUUGCAUUUUCAGUUGAAGACCCCAGAGAUACCCUUCAUGUUACAUCUCUGGUUCAGGCCUACAUUCCACAAGCAUUCCUGAAAGAAAACAGUGGGAGUGAGCUGACCUAUAUGAUCCCAACAGAGGCUGAUAAGGCUUCCUUUAAAGGCCUUUUCCAGACUUUGGAUGAAAACCUUCAGCGUCUCCAUGUGACUGGCUAUGGCAUUUCUGAUACUACACUGGAAGAGGUGUUUUUGAAACUACUGCAGAGCACAGAGAGGACAUCACAUAUUCCAGUGGCUGUGGACUUGGAGUUCCCUCAAGCAAACAGCAAAGAAUCUACAAAUGGUAAUUCUCUGAUGGAGGCUCAAAGUGUUUAUGGACGAAGGCUUGUUCUCACACAGAUUGUUGCCCUUCUAAUGAAGCGUCUUCAUCACACCAGGCGAGACUGGAGAGGAACUCUAUCUAAUGUCCUACUACCUGUCAUCUUUGUUGCUAUGGCAAUGGCCUUGUUUACCGUGAAGCCAUUGGCUAUUGAUUAUCCUUCACUUAAACUGACUCCUGGACUUUAUGACCAUGCUGAAUCCUUUUUCAGUAGUGCUCAGGAUAAUGACCUUCCUCAUGUGCUGCUGCGGUACUUGGCAGAUGAGGAUGACCUGUGCUUGCAUUCAAGUCAUAACAUAAGCAAUUAUUUAUGCUGGCAAACCACGUCUGGUUUACAACAGGAAUCUUCACCUUGGUGUGGAUGUGCAGUGGGCCAAGAGAUGUGUCCUCCCUUGAAUAUGUCAGCUCCAUAUAUAAAGAACAAGAAAGGUCACACUUUGUACAACCUUUCAGGCCUUGAUGUUGAAGAGUACAUAAUCAGGCCUUCAAACAAAACAAGGUAUGGAGGUUGGUCUUUUGAAGGAAAACCAUCUACUGAAGCUCCAAAUAGGAAAGUAAAAAUGUCUCAUCAUAAAUCUCUAGCUAAGGUAUGGUACAGUCAGAAAGGAUUCCAUUCCUUGCCUUCUUAUUUAAACCAGCUAAACAACCUUGUUUUAUGGAAGAACCUGCCUGCAGAUAUGGACUGGAAACAAUAUGGAAUCACACUCUACAGCUGUCCAUAUGGAGGAACACUUCUGGAUGAGGAUAAGAUAAUGGAAAACAUCCGUCAGUGUGGAGUAGCUCUCUGCAUUAUGUUGGGGUUCUCAAUCCUUACUGCCUCCAUUGGAAGCUCAAUUGUUAAAGACAGAGUAUCUGGGGCAAAGCGUCUGCAGCACAUCACUGGACUCAGCUAUAAGACAUAUUGGCUUGCCAAUUUUCUAUACGAUAUGCUGUUGUACCUAGUUCCAGUGAGCCUGUGCAUUGGCAUUAUUACUGUUUUCCAGCUAUCCGCCUUCACUUUCCGCGAUAACUUGGCAGCCACUGCUCUCCUGCUGAUUCUCUUUGGUUAUGCAACCCUUCCAUGGAUGUACCUGAUGUCACGUUUCUUCUCCAGUUCAGAUGUCGCUUUCAUUUUCUACAUAUCCUUAAAUUUUGUGUCAGGCCUUUGCACGAUGCUGGUGACCCUCCUGCCUCGUUUGUUAGCUGUGAUUUCUAAACAAAAGAGUUUUCAGAAUAUCUACAACAUCCUCAAAUGGGCCUUCAUUGUUUUCCCACAGUUUUGUUUAGGACAAGGUUUAAUAGAACUCUCCUAUAACCAAAUUAAGUCUGACUUAACACGGAACUUUGGAAUAAAUUCUUAUGUGACUCCUUUUGAGAUGGAUUUCUUGGGCUGGAUCUUCACAGAAAUGGCUCUGCAGGGUACAUUUCUCCUUUUCCUGCGCAUCCUACUACAUUGGGACUUGCUCCAAAAACCAAGGGGCCAUAGCUAUAUCACUAAUGCCACAGUCUUGACUUCAGAAGACACAGACGUAGAGCUGGAACGAAACAGGGUUUUUGGAGGAAAAACCAAUAAUGACAUCCUUCUGUUGUACAACCUUAGGAAGAGUUAUCGAGGUUUCAACAAGAGAAACAUUGCUGUGAAAGACAUUAGUCUGGGGAUACAGAGAGGAGAGUGCUUUGGCCUCCUGGGGGUGAAUGGAGCAGGGAAAAGCACCACAUUUAAGAUGUUGACUGGAGAUGUGACUCCAUCGGCAGGACGUGCCAUUAUCCGAACUCCUACAGGAUCUGAAAUGGAUAUCUCAUUUGCCAGCAGUGAAGGCAUUCUCAUUGGUUACUGCCCACAACAAGAUGCCCUGGAUGAUCUUCUGACUGGUUGGGAACAUCUCUAUUAUUACUGCAAUCUACGUGGAAUUUCCAAGCAGCAUAUCAAUAAGGUGGCUGGAGACCUAGUUAGUCGGUUGCAUUUAGAUGCACAUGCUGAUAAGCUGGUGAAGACAUACAGUGGUGGGACCAAAAGGAAGCUUUCUACAGCCUUGGCUUUAGUUGGCAAACCCCACAUUCUUCUGCUGGAUGAGCCUAGCUCUGGAAUGGAUCCUUGUUCAAAGAGGUACCUCUGGAAAACUAUCAUGAAGGAAGUCCAAGAAGGCUGUGCUGCUGUUUUGACAUCACACAGUAUGGAAGAGUGUGAAGCCCUCUGCACACGACUGGCUAUUAUGGUAAAUGGCAGUUUUCAGUGUCUUGGUUCUCCUCAACAUAUUAAAAACAGAUUUGGUGAUGGCUACUUAGUCAAAGUGUGGUUACACAAAGAAUCCAUUUGCCAAAGUGCUAUCAUAGAAUGUCUGCAAAUUCAUUUUCCUGGAACACUUUUCAAGGGACAGCACCUUAAUCUGUUGGAAUACCAUGUGCCACAAAGAUGGGGUUGCCUUGCAGAGCUUUUCAGAGUUUUAGAGAACAACAAAACUUUGUUUCAAAUUAAGCAUUACUCCAUUAGCCAAACUACUUUAGAGCAGGUGUUUAUUAAUUUUGCUACCCAACAACGGGAGGCUUCACACUCGGUACAGGAAUCUUGCACCAGCCAUAUCUGCCAUUUGCCAGUGUAGGCUUCAGAUAUGGUAGAACAAAGUGCAUUCAUCUCUGAAUAACAAGAACUGAAUAUGCAGUCAUAUGUACAUAGCAGAUUAAAAGAAUCUAUAAUAUGCUUUUAUCUUGUUUUGAUCUGGGACCAAACAGAAGUAAGCCAGAGACAUGAAAAGGAUGAUUCAUUUCUUCUUCUUCAAAUAAAAUUGGUUUUUA